AUGAAACAAGAAACCAUAAAAGUGGCUUCAGGAAACAGCUCCAGGCCAGGCAUGGCUAAUGAUCAUGAUGAUGAACACAUGGCUAAAGCGCUUUCUUACAUAGAGCACGUGCUUUUGGAUUCUGAUGAUGAGUUGGAAGAAGAUGGGCAUGCAGAAGAAAAUGAGCAACUAGCAUUGAAAAUCCAAGAAUUUGAAGCAUUCUUACUAGGCACAGAAGCCAUUGCUGCAACACAAGAAGAACAAGAACAACCACAACCAGAACAAGGUUCCUUCUUCUAUGGAAACUAUGCUGUCCCGCUAGUCCCGAGCCUUCAAGAACCUGCUGCCCUGCAUGCCCAAGAAGCCAUUGCAGCACAACAAGGCAUGCCUAUACUACUACAGGAACCAGGACUAGGUUGGUUCUGUGGAAACUAUGUGCCUCCUCAUCACUUCAUUCCAUUUCAAGAACCUUGUUCUCCACAUGUCCUGCAAGCCCAAGAAGCCAUUGCGCUAUGUUCAUACUACGGAAUUCACAACUGUGUCCCUCAUCGUCAUCUCCUACCAUUCCCAAGCUUCCAACCCUCAAUUCAAUUUCAAGAACCUGCAGCCUCAUAUGCCCUGCAAGCCCAAGAAGCCAUUUCUGCAGCACAAGGCACGCCUCAACUACCACAACAACUAGAACUAGAAUCUUUCCAUGGAAUUGGAACCUAUGUGCCUCGUGAUUUCCCACCAAUCCCGAGCCUCCAACUCUCAAUUCAAUUUCAAGAACAUGCAGCUCCACGAGCCCAACAAUCCCAACAAGCCAUUGCAACACAAGAACAGCCAGAACUAGAAUUAGGUUCAUGCCAUGGAUUUUGCAAGUAUGUCCUAAAGUUUAAAGAUGUUGUUACCCUGUGGGCGUUCGGGAAUGCCUAA